GGAGAACGACAUCAGUCCACUUCACUUCACUUGCCGUACCUUGUUCUUUGAUUCCCGACUUUGCUGCUGCUGAUGCUGCUGCUGCAACUACGACUACCACUGCUGCGUCUGUUGUUGUUGGCGCAGCUGUGGCUUCUUCUCAGUGCUUGCACAGGAGGUCGUGAUCUUAAAUUGGGCGACAUGAGCCUCCAGUGAGACAGUGCACAGCUGCCACAUCUGCAAGGUUACAACCCCUGUGCUCAAUCAGCAGCCAGAAGGGAGGGCGAAGGGAUUGAAGGGAUUGAUUGAAGCAAGCAUCGCUUGCGUCGGGGAUCAAUUUCUCGCUCGCUGUUUGGCGGGUUGGAAAGAGGCGGACAGAAGAGGAGAGAGAGAGAGAGAGAGGAGUGCAGAGCAGAGUAGAGUGCUGGGACAGGAGGAAGUAGGAGGAGGAGGAGCAGGAGGAUUGAUCGAUUGAGUGGAGUGAUCAUGAAAUCGUAGAUCUGGGUUUUGUGGGGCGGUGGCAUCGAGUCGGUGGGUGAUGGUCCAAGCGGGGAUUGCAGUUCUGUAAGGUGGCGGUGGUGCAGGAAAGGAAAGCAGGGCGGGCAUGGCAUGGCAGUGAAGGGGAGGAAUCUGUAGUUGUGGCCUCGGGGGGACGGUUGUCGAAGAACGAAAGGAAGGAAGGAAGGAAGAAACAAAGAUAGAAAGAGUGAACGUGUGCGAAGAGGUUACUGCGGAAGGCGUGCAGAUUUGGAACACGCAGCAGUAGUAGGAGCGAGCGAGGGAGAGAGGAAGUUGGGUUGUUCCGGGAGCAAGGAGGCACUGACUGCCCUGUUCUAUUGCGGGACCAGCAACCAACGCGGCUGCAAGAGUGCCACAUUGAGCGAGUUAGCGAGUCGUUAUCAUCUCGUCAGCUAGACCAUUGAAUCUACAUAAGAUUUAUUUGCCCUUUCGUUCGGCAUGUCAUACGAGGACGAUGAUUCUUUUGAGCACACACUUCUCGUAGUGAGAGAAGUGUCUGUGUACAAAAUCCCGUUAAGAAGCUCCAGCGGGGGUUACAAAUGUGCAGAGUGGCUGCAAUCGGAUAAAAUAUGGACCGGGAGAUUGAAAGUUCUUUCCCUGAAGGACAAAUGCGAGGUUAGAUUGGAAGAUUCGAACACAGGAGAACUGUUUGCGGCCUGCCCCGUUCUUCCUGGAAAACGGGAUGUCACUGUCGAGAGUGUAACAGACUCGUCCCGUUACUUUGUCCUCAGAAUUGAUGAUGGCAGAGGGAAACAUGCUUUCAUCGGUCUUGGAUUCGCCGAAAGAAACGAGGCUUUCGACUUCAACGUGGCUUUGUCAGAUCAUGAGAAGUAUGCCAAAAGGGAGUUAGAGAAAGAUGAGGACUCUCUCAACCAGGACGGUCGAAAUGCCUCAACUCCUGCUCUAGAUCUGCGUUUGAAGGAAGGAGAAACCAUCCGGAUAAAUGUGAAAACCCUUAAGCAGCCUGCUUCAGGGUCAGGGAUGCUGUCAGGCACACCAGUUCCAUCUCCAGUUCCCAAGUCUAUGAAAGGUGCUCUUGCACCUCCUCCUGGUGGUGGAAGAAUCCGAUCACCUCUGCCUCCACCACCAAACGAUACUAGGCCAAUAAGAAGUCCCCAUCAACCCUAUGUUCUGAGUACUACAUCAAAAGCUCAUGCACAAGACAAGGCGUCCGAGCGUUCUGGUGGUGAUUCUUUGUCAGAUAUGUCUGCCCUCAAGGUGAAUUUGCCAUCAUCAACAAGAUCUAGUUCCGCAAGCGCGAGUUCUGGUUGGGCAGCAUUCUAGUGCAUGGGUUAAGAUUCGUGAACCAUUUGUUCUGCCAUCGUGAAAGAAGAACUGGCAAUUGGAAUAUCAUCUAAUUGCAAUUAGAGAACGAGGUCAACUAAAUGAUUAACUUUCUAGUAUUCACGGUAGUGAAUUUCAUUUAUUAGUACUUCCCCUCUUGUCAUGUGAGGGGUCGACCAUUGCAUGCCCGAAGUUUUUUUUUCUACUAAAGAUUUUCUUCACCUUGAAAUAUAUAUAUCGAAAAAAAAAUUCAUCG